AUGGACAAGUAUGAACCAUUCAAUAUCAUCAUUGGAAGUACCAAGACCAACAAGGCAUACUACCUGUGCAAUGUCACGAGUGGCAAUGUCGAUCGACCAGACAUCCCUAUCACCAAUGAUCCCAUACCUCUACAACACAACAAACUCUAUGGUCUAUCUAAUGGAUUCUUGCUUGAUCAAUGGCCCAAGGUGAAACGAGGAAUAGACCUACUCGAGUCUGGUAUACUUGAAGGUGCACUCUCAACGCCAACAUCAUCAUCAGAAACAUCGGAGAAUCCAAGAAAUACAAUGAUGUUCAAUGUGAUGAAGGACUCGGCUCAACAGGAUUACAACAAUCCACUAAUCACCGCUGAGGAGCAUCGCUUCUCCUCGGUCUUUGUUCAACCAUUCGAGUUGGUGGGACAACCAUACGCCACCCGUACAACCACCAUCCUUAGCGUUGAUUCGAAUCAGCGCGUUCUAAUGGAAGAGCGCAACUGGAUAGACAAUGCCAACACCUCAAUAUCAUUCGACAUAUCAUCUCGAGAGGCAACACGACAGUCUUGA